CAUGUGCCUGUGGGUGCUUUCCAGCUCCUGCCCAACCUCAUCUCCCUCCACCUGAAGCACAAUGCCAUCCAGGAGCUGGCAGAGGGUGACCUGGCUGGGGCCAGGGGGCUGCGCUGGCUCUACCUCACCGGGAACGCCAUUGGGCACAUUGCCCCAGCUGCCCUGGCUCCUGCCAAGAUGCUGGAGAAGCUGCACCUAGAGGGAAAUCGCCUGGUGGAGGUGCCCACAGUGGCCCUACGGGGCCUGCCCGCCCUGAGUGAGCUGAAGCUGUCCCGAAACCCCAUCAAGCGUGUGGAGGACGGCGCCUUCCUGCCAGUGGCCUCCAGCCUGCAUCACCUCUACCUGGACAACAUGGGCCUGGAGCAGAUUUCCCCUGGUGCCUUUGCUGGCCUCGGUCCCAAGAUCAGAAGCCUCUACCUGGAAAGCAACAAAAUGACCAACAUCCCUGAUAUGCGCAACUUCACAGGGCUGGAGAUCCUCAACCUGAGGGAUGUGCCUUUCCACUGUGACUGCCAGCUCCUUCCCCUGCACAGGUGGAUUGACAAACUCAACCUUCACGUAGGGGCCACCUGUGGGUCCCCUGCAGAAGCCCGGGGGCUGAAGGUGAAGCUUUCCAUCACUUUCCAAACCUGCCCUGGCUGGGGCCAAGGUAAGGGUGGAGGAGUCAGUCCUGACACGACCAAGGCUGCAAGAAAGCCCAGCAAGAAAAAGAGAAUGGGAAAAUCACCAGCCAGAGGCUUCAAUAAGAGCAGAGCUUAG